AUGGGAAGCGGGCACUGCCAGGCAAUGUCUGCCACGGUAGCUCUUGCCGUGGGACGAGAGCAGCGGCGAGAGGCGAACCAGCUUCCACCUUGCUGCAGGAAAUGUCCAUCUUUCCGUGUUAAAGAACACCUGGCCUGGAGCCCAUGCCUGAUUCUGGUCUCCUUCCCAUCCCUGGGGGCAGAAGCAGCGGCCUCCCCAGAGUCCGGCACUGGGCUGAGGAGGCAGAAGAGGGACUGGGCCAUUCCCCCCAUCAAUUGCCCAGAGAAUGAGAAGGGCCCCUUCCCCAAGCCACUGGUGCAGGCUGCUGGCCCGGAUGGGGCUCCCCACCCUGCGCUGACGGUCCACGCGCUGAACGUCCUCACUGGCCUCCCUGCAAGCGGCCUGGCCGUGCACCUCGCCCAGCUGGAGGAUCCUCAUGGGCCGUGGGCCCGGAUGAGUAAAAACACUACGAACGCCAGCGGGCGCCUAGACUACAGCAGCGUGAUACCCAAGAGGCUGGAGCCGGGCACCUACAAGCUGCGCUUUGAAACGAGCGCUUACUGGGAGGAGCAGGGCCACCCCAGCUUCUACCCCUAUGUGGAAGUCGUCUUCACAGUGACAGAAGCAGAACGGAAGGUCCACAUCCCCCUGCUGUUCAGCCCCUACUCCUACACCACUUACCGGGGGAACUAGCAGAAGAGAGGCCAGAGGAGCGGCAGGCCCAAGGGUGAUAAUAAAAGGCUUCCCCCUCAAAGAGUCAUUGCAAGAGCAAA